GGGCGGAAGUCAGCUACGUCAUCACAACAGUAAAAGCUGUCUCUCCGUGGAUGUGACACGCUUACAGAUCCACCAAAAACAAGCCGGAGCCAGGCAGCUGCAGGACACCAUGAUCCGGAUCCAGCAGAGUGUCUGAACCCGCUCCAAGCAGCCGCACCGCCGUACCUUCCUGUCGCCUCUGCUCACCGUCUUCACCAUGGUGGAGCAAUCGGACCGAGCCCCGCUGCUGGACUGGGAGGAGAUCCCACCGCCCGACGCCAAUCAAGCGGCCCAGCCACCGCCUGAGCCGCAGCGGGAGAACGGCACCGACGAUGCGGGGAAAAGUUCGCAGCCGAGCGGCAGGCGAACACCGACGAUCACCGCGUCCGGUACGGGGCGGAGCUGCGGCGUCCCUACCGCCGUCACCUACAGCCCCACACGAAACAUAACAGCUGUUGUUGUGAGCCGGGAGAAGCGCCCCGGGUGCGGCUUCGAUCGCCCAGAGCUCCUCGGUCCGGGUGGUGGUUUCUCGUUCCCCGGUCUGUCAGGGAGGGAUCAGUGGGAGGAAAAGGACCAGAUCCUGGCUGUGUUUGUGGUGACUUUUGGCACGAGAUCAGGGAAUAUGGUGGAAUGGUGCCUGCCGCAUGACAUUAACCUGGACGGAGUGGAGUUUAAGUCAAUGGCCAGCGGCUCCCAUCGGAUCACCAGCGACUUCAUAUAUUUUCGUAAAGGAAGUUACUUUGGGCUGGCGUGCUUUGCAAACAUGCCUGUGGAGAGUCAGCUGGAGCGCGGUGCGAGGAUGAAGUCGGUGGGAGUCCUGUCUCCUUCCUACACCCUGCUGUACCGCUACAUGCACUUCCUGGAGAACCAAGUCAGACACCAGCUACAGUGUCCAGGCCAGUAUUCUCCUCUGGAGGCAUUUUAUGAAGAUAAGAAGGCAGUUCUUCCCGCGACAGGAAACGGUUUGGUCACAUCGUGCCCGACCUGGACCGUUGCCUCCAUAAACCGCUGCAUGCACCCGGAGAUGAAGAUCACCCACCCAGCUGGCUGUAUGUCCCAGUUUAUCCAGUUUUUUGGGGAUCAGAUCAUGGUUCUCUGGAAGUUUGUUCUGCUUCGGAAGCGCCUCCUCAUCUUCUCUCCACCACCCAUAGGCGUGGUCUGCUACAGGGUGUAUUGCUGUUGCUGCCUGGCCAAUGUCUCUAUCCCUGGAAUCGGGGUAUCUGUGCCAGAAUUGCGUCCGUUUUUCUACGUCAACAUUGCUGACAUCAGCACCCUGGAAACAGAGCUUUCAUAUGUUGCUUGCACCACAGAGAAGAUUUUUGAGGACAAAAAGGACCUGUAUGAUAUCUACAUUGACAACCAGAAUGUAAAGACACACAGAAGCCUUCUGCAGCCGCUGCUCAGGCUGAAUGCAGCAGAUAAGGAGAAGUACAGGAAGCUAAGUGAACAGAGACAAAUGCUGCUGUACUCUCAGGAGGUGGAGGAAGACUGCACGGCUAACGAAGAGGAUCUUUUCAUUUUGUUCUUCAUGGAGCUGAACAACCGGAUCUUCCAAACUCUGGCUGAGGUGGCAGGGAGCUCCGAUCCCACCAUCACUGCUGAUCACAUGAGGGCCAUGGGGCUGGAUCCCCAGGGGGACCGCUCCUUCCUGGAGGACCUGCUGGAGGUGUACGGUAUCGACGUCACACUUGUCAUAGACAACCUCUGCUGCUCCUGAGCUCGCCUGCCUCUGACAAACCAGCAGGGUGCCAGUGAACAUCAGGCCCCCCCCACCACACACCGAUACACUGGAAACACUGCCUCCAUCAGGGAGUUUAAAUAUGUUGUCUGCUGUUCACCUCUGGGUUUCUGGACCUGUGGAGAGAACCCACUGUGGGUGAUUUAAACACUCAGUGGCCAGAAGAGGCUGAAGACCAGCUGAUGCACAUGCAGAUGUAGCUCCUCUAGUUUGACCUGGAUUCUGGUAGACUGGGUCAGAGGUUCUGGCUGAGAUCAAGUCUUCACCGCUGGAUGAUUGUCUCAUCAUGGUCUUGUUUUCACGAUAUUCACCGCCCUGCGGCUCGGGUGUCCACCACUGCUUUGUCUGAAGAAUGCUGUCGUGUUUGGAACAAGGUUCUCCCGCAUAGAAACGGAUUAUUGUGCAUUGAAUUCCUUUCACUGAAUAUUAAAUGGACUUCAACCUCUUCACAGCUCUAUGACCUUGAUCUCCUCUGGUUCUGAUAAACCAAAUUAAAAUAGUAAAGACUUAAUUUUCCUUUCAGAAAGGAAGCAAUACGAGGACAAAAAAACAAACACAUUUCCUCCCUGUUUUUACGGCUGCUAUCCCCAGAGCUGAGGAUGUAAUGAGUGUGAUUUCUACUUUAUAACUGGAAGAGGUAAUUAUUACAGACCUGCAGCACCGAUUAGAAGCUUGCAUUCAGUCAUGAGGGCCAUGAAUAUGAUUCAUUGUGAGCUUUUAAGGACAUGUUUGAGUACUUCUUUGCCUGGAGCAGUCUAAUAAUACAAGAUCCAUUUCCAUUUUUUUAAAGAAAUAAGUUGUUUCAGAUGUACUGUGAACUUUCCUUAUUUCCAGUUUGAGUCAAAUACAAACAUUUAUGCGGCACCCGAGUAAAGGUUUCUUACCUAGCUUCACCUGACCUUUGUAUGGAUAGUUUAACACUGUCUGUUCAGGUUUUUCAGAGUCCAAUAAAAACUGGUUUGUUUUCAGGGAAGAGAAUCCCUGAGAAGAGGGGAAGUUCUUCAUCAGAACCUCUGAUUUGUUUUGGACUCUGUUUUUUUGAAAGACCCAACGAUGUCUAAGUUUCAACCAUCCAGCAGUCUUUGUUGGGAUGAAGUUGAGGACCUUUGAAGUAGCCUUUUUCUUUCAUUUUUUUUAUCCACUCACAGUAUAAUGCUGCCAUUACCAUGCUUUACAGUUUGGGCACAGUUUCCUGUGUUUAGGUUUAGUGGGUCAGUAUUUUUAUUUUUUUUUUGGGUCAGUAACAUCUGAGUCAGCUUGGAGUAAACCUCCCUGUGAACCUCUUUAGAUGAGCUCUAGCCUAUUGGGUUGGAGGAGAGGACGGUGCCUCUAGCUUUAUGUCAGCUGCAAAAUACAGGUGGUUUCAUAGCAGCUUACUUAAGGUCUGUGACCAAACUAUUAUUAAUGAUACAUGUUUGUAUUUGACCUUCUAUGUUUACUUGCGACUAGAUGAGAAAACUCCCUUAAUUCAGAUUCUGUGUAAAUAUGAACUUCAUGCCCGUAAUGACUGUAUGUAAACUUCUGACACGGUGCGAGAUGGGGAAAACAUGCUGUUAAUUGGUAUGAUAAGCUUUAUGCACUUUCACCACAGAUCCUGUCUGCUCAUGUCUGUCAGACUAUGGGAUAGGUGCAUUCUGGGACAUGUAGUUGUAUUGGUUUGUUUGAGAGAGCUCCUCUUUUGUUAUAUUUAGAGGGUUUUAGUGAACAUGCACCACAUGCGCUGAAUGCUGCACUCUGUUGAACACCGGAUAUUUUACUCACACUAGUUCAUCCUUAAAUAUAACCUUUUAAGACUCAAAGGAGCCAUUUCUAGCUGGUUACCCGAUAAACUAGGAAGACUAAGACUCCUCUUAGCUCAUAGUUUUUGACUUUAUACAGCAACUUUAGGCAGAGUCACCUGUCCCCUAGUUUAUGAUGUUCUUCAUUAAUGCUCCCAUUAAUCAGAUUAAACUUCAGAAACGGAUGGGGCGUUCAUUUCUUCGGUCGUAUUGCUAAUUUCAGUUCUAAUUUGUUCCAUGUUGGAACACAGGAAGCUCAUUAUCUUCACCAUGAUCAUUUAUUCCAGGAUUUCAACUCUCUAAUGGUCCAACAAUAAACUAAAUGUUCGUACUUAAACAUUUCACUGAAAUCUUUUUGUUGUUUAGAAUAUUUGAAUUCCUGAUCUAAUGUUGUAGAAGCUGUAUUUGGACUGUAUGCCUGUUUGUCUUUUGAGUUUGUAAUGGGGAAGGAAAUGCACUAAGAGUUGGAAAACAAAGUGGCAAUUAAGCUUUAUUUCAAAUUUGGGGCCUUAAAUUGUACUUUUUUUUUGACAUUGACAGAAAAGUGUUUAGUUUUUUUAUUUCUAUAUGCUGAAAUAGGUGCUUCACUCUAUACAUCAGCAGAUAUGUAUUUCCUCUGAAAGCUUUUCCUCAGCAGAUAUAAUGUAAAGGGAAUGUAAACACACAUACCACUGUACAAAAUGCCUUUCUGGAGGGAAUAUUCCCAGAUGCGGAUGGGCAUCAGCUUAACUCACAGGGUAGUGUCACACUAUACUGAAUGUCAAAGACAGCAGAGGUACUGCAGCCAUGCCACAGCAUCUAGGCAGCUUUUUAUCUCCACUGCAUCGUAAUCACCAAGUAGCAGUGACGCCUCAUCUAAUGUGGAACACAGUAAAUGGUUACUUAUCUACACAAAGACCAACAGCAUGAUUACCUUUCAGCUCCACUGUAAAACAAGAAAUGCUGAUUCUAGUUCAGUGCUAUUAAAGUCCAAGAUUCUAACCAUAAAA